UUCAAUGGGUAAAGGUUUAUCAUUAUUAGAGGCUAUUGAGCAAGUCUUGGCAAAUACGGAAGAAGAAAAACGUGCCAGUAUUACUAAAAAUUUAUAUCACUUUAUUAAUAAAGAAAAACACGCAGAACAUGAAUUCAUGGGCCUAACACCCGAGCCUUAUCUUUAUGAAAUCCCAGAACCGGGCGAAUGCUUUGAGUAUAUUGUAGUUGAGAAUGAUUCGUCACAGAAGUCUUUCCUCAAUAUGCUAGGAAAGCAAGAAGAAUCUAUCUACUUAAAGCUAACAACAUUAUUUACAGAAAUUCCCCAGGAUGAUAUGGGGUGUAAAGAAGAAAUGUAUAAAUUAGCCACUAAGACCA